CAUACAGAAUCAGUCGUGUUUGAUCUUUAGACGAGAGAGGUUGUGUUUUCUAAAAUGUAUCGAAUCAUUGUUUUGGGAGUGUUGUCACUAUGUGGGGGGGCUGUUUCACACACUUAUCACUUGGGAGCAUGUCCGGUGGUGGAGCCGAUGCCGGGUUUUGAUAUGAAUCAGAUGCUCGGAGUGUGGUACGUCAUUCAGAAGACUUCAACCGCAUCGCAUUGCAUCACAUACAAUUUCACCAGAACCGACGAACCGGGCACAUAUCAGCUUCAACAGGAUUCGCAGCAUUUCAUUUUGGGACUGACACCACUGAAGCAUGAUUAUAGAUAUACUGGAGUACUGACCAUCCCUGAUAUUGCAGUUCCUGCCAGAAUGAAAGUCAGGUUUCCUUUAAGUGUUGCUGGAUCUGCAACGUAUACAGUUAUAUCCACUGACUAUAAUAAGUACGCAGCUAUUUUCACAUGCCAGAAGCUCGCGUUCGCGCACCGUCAGUCGGCUACCAUUCUCUCAAGAACUAAGGAAUUGGACAAAAUGUUUGUGGACAAAAUGCGCACUAAAUUAGCUUCAUUUGGUGUAGACCCAUACGAUCUAUCAAUUAUAUCCCAAACUGAGUGUCCAAAACACCCCAAUGGUACCAGCGAAGGAGUCAACAUUAACAUCGAUCCUGAGACGUUCUCUUCCCACAAUAUUGGAGAGGCUGUGAGGAAAACUGGAGGCGUUAUCGCGGACGGUGUCGAAUAUGUAGUGGAUGCCGGUAAGAAGGUAUAUCAUAAGGUAGCGAGCAGCAAAGAGGAUCUCACGGAAGCGCCGGCUGGAAACAAUCGUGCUAUGAAUGCAGAUGCCGAAUGGUUGCCGUAGAAACUGAGAUACAUACUAUUUUAUACUCUAGGUUAUAUUAUAAUUAGGAGAAAGUAAAAAUGAAUGUUAGGUCAUUGAUCCAGAAAUAUAACACAGCAAAUCUUGUGAAGAUAUGAGAGGAACAUGAUUGAUAUCUAAAGCAAUACUCAUGUAAUAAUUUAGACCAUAAAGUUUAAUUAUAUAAU